ACCAGAUUGUGCCAAAGGGGAGGGGAGGGGGAGGGGUGGUCCUUUGCUCUUCCUGUAACCACUGACGCUGAUUCCUCUGCAGGGGAAAAUCCAGAGGCGGUUUCUCCGAGCCACCCCGCCCGCGUGCGCUCUCUCUCUCUCUCUCUCCUCUCUCUCUCUCUCUCUCUCUCUCUCUCUCUCUCUCAGGAGGGGGGGGGGGAAUAGCAGCGCCCUCCCGCUUCCCCGCUUGCCUGCUGGAGAGCUGCCUCACUCUUCCUAGACAACUUUCUGCAUGACUGUCUCUAAGAUGUCAUGGCGGCCGCAGUAUCGCAGCUCCAAGUUUCGAAACGUCUAUGGCAAAGUGGCCAACCGAGAGCACUGCUUUGACGGGAUCCCAAUCACCAAGAAUGUCCAUGACAACCACUUCUGUGCAGUGAAUACGAAGUUCCUUGCCAUAGUAACGGAAAGUGCCGGAGGGGGCUCCUUUCUUGUCAUUCCACUGGAACAAACUGGCCGGAUUGAACCAAACUACCCCAAAGUGUGCGGCCAUCAGGGGAAUGUGCUCGACAUCAAGUGGAACCCUUUUAUUGAAAAUGUCAUUGCGUCCUGCUCUGAAGACACCUCGGUUCGGAUAUGGGAAAUUCCAGACGGAGGACUGAAGCGCAACAUGAUGGAGGCUGUCCUGGAGUUGUACGGGCACAGCCGGCGUGUCGGCCUUGUUGAGUGGCACCCGACCACCAACAACAUCCUGUUCAGUGCUGGCUAUGACUAUAAGGUUCUCAUCUGGAACCUGGACAUCGGUGAGCCUGUGAAGAUGAUUGACUGCCACACCGACGUCAUCCUCUGCAUGUCCUUCAACACAGACGGGAGUUUGCUGGGCACCACUUGCAAAGACAAGAAGCUCCGCGUCAUUGAGCCGCGCUCCGGCAAAGUCCUCCAGGAGGCGAAUUGUAAGAACCAUCGCGUGAACCGGGUUGUCUUUUUAGGAAACAUAAAGCGGCUUCUAACGACUGGAGUCUCGCGGUGGAACACGAGGCAGAUUGCCCUCUGGGAUCAGGAAGAUCUCGCCAUGCCCUUAAUAGAGGAGGAGAUUGACGGGCUGUCUGGACUCCUCUUCCCUUUCUACGAUGCUGAUACCCACAUGCUGUACCUGGCUGGCAAGGGAGAUGGGAAUAUCCGCUACUAUGAAAUCAGUACAGAAAAGCCAUACCUCACUUACCUCAUGGAAUUCCGUUCUCCGGCUCCACAAAAAGGCCUCGGAGUGAUGCCAAAGCAUGGCCUGGAUGUCUCUGCCUGUGAGGUGUUCCGGUUCUAUAAGCUCGUCACGUUAAAAGGGCUGAUUGAGCCCAUCUCCAUGAUCGUGCCAAGGAGGUCGGAAACCUACCAGGAAGAUAUUUACCCAAUGACUCCAGGAACAGAGCCUGCUCUCACACCGGAUGAAUGGCUGAGUGGAACGAACCGGGAUCCCAUAUUGAUGUCUUUAAAGGAAGGCUAUAAGAAAGCAUCGAAAGUAGUUUUUAAGGCGCCAAUGAGAGAGAAGAAGAGUGUUGUUGUGAAUGGGAUCGACCUCUUAGAAAACGUGCCCCCCAGAACAGAGAAUGAGCUUCUCCGAAUGUUCUUCCGGCAACAAGAUGAGAUCCGGCGGUUGAAAGCUGAUCUCUCGCAGAAGGACAUCAAAAUCCGACAGCUACAGCUGGAACUGAAAAACUUGCGCAACAGCCCGAAGAACAAUGAACUCUAAAGGACAUUUUCUAAACAAACUCUUUGUUUAUACCCGCUCUUUUAAUUUUACUGUAUCCACUUAACACACGAUAUGAGCCAGAGACCCCCUUGGCCAGACCCCAGGGAGUUCACCCGCUAACUGGAACUGUGUCCUUCUGUGGUCCUUUCCUAGCACUAAAAGAAAGACGUGUUGUCUGUAUGAUGUUAA